CAACUCCAUCUUCAAAUUUAACUCACAAUCUUGUAAACUUUCGCACUCUUUAGCGACAUAUUCAUCGACCCGUUAUCCCAUUUCCGCCUUGAAAUGGCCGGCGUUUGGGUUUUCAAAGGUGGGGUUGUUCGUUUAGUUGACGGCGAGAUAGCUCGCAAAGUGCUGGUACAUACUCCCUCCAAUGAAGUUAUCACUUCUUACGCAGUUCUUGAGCGUAAGCUAUCGGCUCUCGGCUGGGAGAGGUACUAUGAAGAUCCUGAUCUUCUUCAGUUCCACAAAAGAUCCACCGUCCAUCUCAUCUCUCUUCCUAAAGACUUCAAUAAGUUCAAGUCCAUACACAUGUACGACAUCGUCGUCAAGAACCGCAACGUUUUCGAAGUUAGGGAUAUGUAGAUAGCCCCUCUGGCCGAUGGAAUCUAUGGUCUUCUUCUUCUUCUUCUUCUUCUUGUAUUUAUUUGUCGAAUUUAGCAGUUCCCUGACUACAAAUAUAGUUUCGGGAAGUAAUUUAUCAAUGUAAAUAAGGGCUUGCUUGGAGUCAUAUUGGACAUGGAACCUUCUGUAUAUUAUUACUACAACAGUCAUUGUUGAAGUAAUGAGAAUGGGUUUCUCUUUGUGUUAA